AUGGCCCAGCAGUCCAAGAAGCAGCAAAAGGCGGCGGCAUUCCGCGCGCGGCAGAAAGCCAAGGUCGACGCGAUCUCGGACGUGCCAGAGGCUGAUCCUGUCGAGGUCGACGAGGAGGCCGUCGCGCCCGAGCCGGAGGGCAAGCGCAAGCGCAAGCGCGACGACGCCGACGAGGACGCCGAGGACACGGACAAGGACAAGAGCAAGAGCAAGGACAAGGGGAAGAGCAAGGAAACGGUCGAGGAGAAGGAUAAGCCCAAGAAGACCAAGGAGUCGAAGCAGCGCUUCAUCCUGUUCAUCGGCAACUUGGGGUUCAAGACGACGCGCGAUGCCGUGGCUGCCCACUUUGCCAAGGAGUUGGGCCGCACGCCAUCUGUCCGCCUACUCACGGAGAAGGCGACGGGCCGUGCGCCGCCCAAGUCGCGCGGCAUCGCAUUCCUCGAGCUCAGCACCAGUGCCGAGCUCCAGACUUGCCUGCGGCUGCAUCACUCACAGCUCGGAGGGAGGCAGAUCAACGUCGAGCUGACUGCUGGCGGAGGAGGCAAGGGCGAUACGCGCAAGGCCAAGCUCGCGGAACGCAACAAGCGUGUUGGCGGGCAGCGUGAGCGGCGCGCCGAGCGCGAGAAGGAGGCCGGUGGAGAGGAGGCCGAGGCAGGGAUUGGAGAGGGCAAGGCUGCGUGGGAGGAGACUGAGAAGGACGAGGACGCACCGGCCGGGUACAAGAUGCGCGGGGGACGGCGUGUCAAGGUCAAGGGCAAGGACGAGAGACCUGCCAAACGCGCACGUAACGAUGUGUCUGGGUGGGAGGCGCGCGGCGCUUCGGGAGGAUCUGCCGCGCGUGGGCGGAAGAAGUGGGAGCCGACGGGCGCGAAUGCGGUCCGGGUGGGAUAG